GGGCCUGCGUCCCUCGGCCCUGGAGGCGGAGACCUCGAGGCGGUGGAGGUGGGCAGACUUCUACCGCCCGCUCCUCAAGCUUGAGGGUGAGGAACGGAUUGUUCCCUCAGAGUGAAUAAGUCUCGUGAAAUCUGGCAGUAUUAUAAGGGGGAGUUUCCCUACACAAGCUCCUCUCUGCCUGCUGCAAUCAACGUAAGAUGUGACUUGCUCUUCCUUGCCUUCAGCCAUGAUUGUGAGGCCUCCCCAGCCAUGUGGAACUGUAACAUAUCCACAGGUUCUGGCAAUUAGGAUGUGGACAUCUUUGGGGCAGACAAUUCUCAACCUACCAUACAAGAAAACUAGUAGCAACUGAUGACACUGCAUAUUUUCCCCUGUUCUUAUUGGGAGAAGGCCUUGUGUGUCACCAAGAGGUUCUCAGAAGGGACCUGUCCGUUUUUGGUUAAAAGAACCCGGAAAGAGAAGGACUAUGGGGGAACUGACGGCAUUCCUGUUACCUCUCAUCAUUGUGUUAAUGGUGAAGCACAGCAAUUCCCGGACGCACUCUCUGAGAUAUUUUCGCCUGGGUGUUUCAGAUCCCAUCCGUGGGGUCCCUGAAUUUAUUUCGGUUGGAUAUGUGGACUCGCACCCUAUCACCACAUAUGACAGUGUCACUCAGCAGAAGGAGCCACGGGCCCCAUGGAUGGCAGAGAACCUCGCGCCUGAUCACUGGGAGAGGUACACUCAGCUGCUGAGGGGCUGGCAGCAGAUGUUCAAGGUGGAACUGAAGCGCCUGCAGAGGCACUACAAUCACUCAGGGUCUCACACUUACCAGAGAAUGAUUGGCUGUGAGCUGCUGGAGGAUGGAAGCACCACAGGAUUUCUGCAGUAUGCAUAUGACGGGCAGGAUUUCCUGAUCUUCAAUAAAGACACCCUCUCCUGGCUGGCUGUAGAUAAUGUGGCUCACACCAUCAAGCGGGCAUGGGAGGCCAAUCAGCAUGAGUUGCAAUAUCAAAAGAAUUGGCUGGAAGAAGAAUGUAUUGCCUGGCUAAAGAGAUUCCUGGAAUAUGGGAAAGACACCCUACAAAGAACAGAGCCCCCACUGGUCAGAGUAAAUCGCAAAGAAACUUUUCCAGGGGUUACAACUCUCUUCUGCAAAGCUCAUGGCUUUUACCCCCCAGAAAUUUACAUGACAUGGAUGAAAAACGGGGAAGAAAUUGUCCAAGAAAUGGAUUAUGGAGACAUUCUUCCCAGUGGGGAUGGAACCUAUCAGACGUGGGCAUCAGUUGAGCUUGAUCCUCAGAGCAGCAACCUUUACUCCUGUCAUGUGGAGCACUGCGGUGUCCACAUGGUUCUUCAGGUCCCCCAGGAAUCAGAAGCUAUCCCUCUUGUGAUGAAAGCUGUCUCUGGGUCCAUUGUCUUUGUCAUUGUGCUGGCUGGAGUUGGUGUUCUAGUCUGGAGAAGAAGGCCCCGAGAGCAAAAUGGAGCCGUCUACCUUCCAACACCAGAUUGAUGACUGCAGAUCCCUCUUUUCCAGUUCUCCUUCCUCUAGCAGCCAUGUUCUCCUCUGUCCCCCACAGACUCAAGCCUAGUGCUUGAAGCUCCUGACCACACCCACAACAUACAUGAGAGUAAUGGGAUUGAGCAUUAAUGGCAGCAACAUAGGAGCCACAAAAUGUUCUUUGUUCUUUGGCUCCAAAAAGACUGUCAGCUUUCAGUCUCUUUUGAUGGACUGUUUUAUCACAGUUGACUUUAUUUUUUUUUUUAAUUUAUUUAUUUUUAUUAUUAUUAUACUUCAAGUUUUAGGGUACAUGUGCACAAUGUGCAGGUUAGUUACAUAUGUAUACAUGUGCCAUGCUGGUGUGCUGCACCCAUUAACUCGUCAUUUAGCAUUAGGUAUAUCUCCUAAUGCUAUCCCUCCCCCCUCCCCCCACCCCACAACAGUCCCCAGAGUGUGAUGUUCCCCUUCCUGUGUCCAUGUGUUCUCAUUGUUCAAUUCCCACCCAUGAGUGAGAACAUGUGGUGUUUGGUUUUUUGUCCUUGCAGUAGUUUACUGAGAAUGAUGAUUUCCAAUUUCAUCCAUGUCCCUACAAAGGACAUGAACUCAUCCUUUUUUAUGGCUGCAUAGUAUUCCAUGGUGUAUAUGUGCCACAUUUUCUUAAUCCAGUCUAUCCUUGUUGGACAUUUGGGUUGGUCCCAAGUCUUUGAUAUUGUGAAUAGAGCCGCAAUAAACAUACGUGUGCAUGUGUCUUUA